AUGAAUAACACAAGAGGAAGGCGGUUAGUACAGUUAGCUACAAUUUCCUUUCCACAACCUCGCCAGCAGCGACUGAACGAAGCUACUGGCCAGUUGCAUGAAGAUGAAACUAUGCAGCAGUGUGACACGUCUAGUGAAGAGGUUUUGUUCGAAGAAGGGUCGUCUUCUGACUCAGACUACCUGCCAGAAGAAAGUAAUGUUGGCUUGUUGGCAAUCUAA